AUGUCAUCGUCGUCGCCACCCAACUCAUUUCUCUCAGCGCCUACAACUGCAGGAAGCGUGCUCACACCAGCCAGCACAAUCUCAUCACGCGAUCCCUCGAUAAGAACAGCAGCAGCAACAGCAACAGGCGGACUUCCAACAGACAAUGACUCGACUACCACCACGCACCCCCGGCAAAAAACCCCCUCUGGUUUCGUAUUUCCAUCCGACUACGACUUUCCAGCCCUGUUCACACUCCAACCCAACGCUCUAACCCGCCAACGGCAGAUGAAGCUCUGGGCAGACCUGAUUGUGGAUUGGUGUCGGUAUCAUCGUACUUUCCGUCUUUCGCUAGUCGAUGCUGUUGAUCUUCCGCUAUUUUAUAAUGCUCGGAUGAGGAAGAGGGUUGGGAUGCAGGAUGCGAGAACGAUAAUAGAUUGGAUGGCCAAGUCGCAGGAAGACGGCGGCGGUGGGAAGAGAGCUGAAUGGCUUCCCCCGACGCCUGGAGGGGGGUCAAGAUCAGCAGUCGGGGAGAAGACGACUGCUUGGAUAUGGUGGAGGAGGCCGGAGGAGUGGGCAACGUUGGUUGCGGAUUGGAUCGAUGAAACAGCACAGAAAAACACUGUGCUGACAGUUUAUGAAUUGAUCCACGGAGAUGCUACAAUCUCUCAAGAGUUUCAUGACAUAGACCCCGAGGUCAUGCUAAAAUCAUUAAACAUUCUCGUAAAACGAGGCAAAGCCCAAAUAUUCGGCAGCGAUGACGAGAAGGGAGUCAAAUUCUUUUGA